AGUGUAAUUACUUAUGACAUCCUUGUCUUGAUAUCACUGCAGUGUAUGCUGUUGGCACCUCACAAAUGAUAAAAGGUGGUGAUGGUAGAGCUCUAGAGAUGCUUAGGGAAAGACACUCUGUGUUGUGGUAUCUUGAAGGUAUUUCAGCUUUUAUUGGCUGUGAGUUGAAAGAUAAGCUUUGUGUAUAUUUUAUGUUGAAUGAGACACCAGUACUAGCUUUCUGUUUUUUUUUCAGGUACCUUGUUGAUACCUUGCAGAGGCAAUGGAGGCAAUGAUGAAAACCCUGUUGUAAUUAAAACAUAAAGAAAAAGUAUUCUUUGUUGUGCAAUACUCUUAGUAUCAUUCAAUGCCUACUAUUUCAGAAGAUGAAAAAGAAAAUGGUUCUGGAAAUAAUGGAAACACUGAAAACACACCUGGGAAAGAAUCCCCGGAAGCUUCUCUUCACGAUCCUGUGAAGCCAUACUGCAUGUCAGACGCCUCCACUGCAUCCUUGGUGUCUAGGGAAGAUGGGCAUUAUCCUUGGGGAUGUCCUGUGACUCAUACAAGAGAGAAGUUUUAUACCAUCUGCUCAGACUAUGCUUUUUUAAACAGAGUAACAUCUAUUUGUAAAAGUCCAAGUGCUUCUGUUAGUGCCUGCCUAUCAAGCAGUGCUGCCUUAAACGUUGGAAAUAACACACCUAACUUACUCAGCGUUCAAACUGGUGCUUCAGAGAUUAUCUACCGUGAAGAUGCUAACUUGGAAAGCCUGCCUGGCAGUCUUGGAAAGCUUCCACUGGCAUGGGAGAUAGACAAAUCGGAGUUCAAUGGCGUGAACUCAAAUCUGAAGAGCAAAGCAGGCAACAUGAAGAAACAAGGGACAAAGAAAAAGUCCGUGGACAAAAAAAGCAAACAGUACAGGGAGUGUCAUCAGCGUUCCGCUCUUGAAGAUGUGAAGGAGAGAAAAGUGUUGGACCUUCGGAGAUGGUAUUGUGUUAGCCGACCUCAAUACAAGACUUCCUGUGGAAUUUCGUCCUUGGUGUCUUGUUGGAAUUUCUUGUAUAGUACACUGGGAGCUGGAAGUUUACCCCCCAUCACUCAAGAAGAAGCUUUGCAUAUACUGGGCUUUCAGCCCCCAUUUGAGGAGAUUAGGUUUGGUCCCUUCACUGGAAAUACAACUCUAAUGAGAUGGUUUAGGCAAAUAAAUGAUCACUUCCAUAUCAAGGGAUGCUCAUACGUUCUGUAUAAACCUCAUGGGAAGAACAAGACAGCUGGAGAAACUGCUGCAGGGGCCCUUGCAAAGCUAACACGAGGACUGAAAGAUGAAUCAAUGGCCUAUAUCUACCAUUGCCAAAACCAUUAUUUUUGCCCAAUUGGUUUUGAAGCAACCCCAGUAAAAGCUAGUAAAGCCUAUAGGUAAGAUACUAUAUGCUUAUCUGUGUUUAUGCUUAUGCUAGUGGAAGAAACAUACAGAAAAAUCUACUUCAAUUUGA